UGGUGGCUUCUUAAGGUUACAUUUGAGUGGUAGCUACGUAGUUAAGGACAACAGUUUGUCAUUAACUACAUUUGUCAUUAUUGUCAAUGUAGCAUGGGUCUUUCAAUUGCAAAGUUAGUAAUAAAAGCUGAGUCAGAUUCUAGAAGUAGCUUAGAAACAAGCAGUGUGUCUAAGGAAGGUAGCAAUUUCAAGGCAAGUAUUACCACAAACAAUUCAAAGUCAGAGAUUCCAAGAGCAACCAAUACAAGUUCUGACAGAGAGGCUCAUACUGAGAGACAGCUACUGAAAGUUGGUGAGAGCAAACAGAUCAGCAUAGCACAAAGAAUCCCUCAAGGAGAACGAGUGUUGGUCCAUCCUAUCAAUGUAGGACAAGGAGAUGCAAUACUACUGGAGAUACAGAGUCAAAAUGGCCAGAGUGAGAAACACCUUACGGAUGGUGGCCAGGGACAAAGAACACAGAACACACAAUACUACCAGAAUCUCAAAGACACUCUCAGGGCUCGUGGAUGCUUAGUACAGAAGAACCGUACUGAAAUUGGUAAUACGUUAGAAGAUCGAAUUUGUGAACAAGUUACAAUGGACUCCAUUGUCAUCACACACCCCAAUCUAGAUCAUUACGGUGGCAUUAACCGACUGCUACAAGACUUCACUAUCACGGCUCCCAUUACAACAACUCUGGCAAGCUGUUUAAAAGUUGGGCAUUCUGGUGGCCCAAAAGACACGAAUAUAGGUGAAGUGUUUUUGUCUGGUGAAAGAGACCAAAUUAGGCACUGGUUCCCGUUAACUGGAGAAGGAGAGAAUGGUAGACGACAUACGAACAUCAAAACACUACCCAAAGGUUCGACGGUAGAAGUAGCCAGGAACGAAGACCUAACAUUUGAUGCAAAACAACUCAAUGCAACAAGUAUUUUGACAACUGUAAGAAUACCGGGGAGCAAAUACGAUUUUGAUGUGGUGUUGAGCGGAGAUUCAUACGGUUAUGUCAUCGAUGAAAAACUAGGAUUAAAAGACAAAUCUGUGGGAGUGUUCCAAGUGCCUCAUCAUGGAAGCAAGUAUAACCUACGCAGACCUAGGGCAUCCACAGUCACGGAUUUCACACAUUUUUACUCGAGCUUUAAUGCACACAUCUACUUAAUCAGUCACGGCGACCACAGAGGCUACAAUCAUCCGCAUAGUGAAGUUAUCACAGACAUUCUCUCUGCAGCUGUCCAGAAAAAAAGACGUUGUAAGAUAGUAGUCACGGCAACAUGGUUUGAAGCAUCUAAAAUUGAUGAAAAGAAUAUUAGCAACUGGAGGGACUAUGUUGAUAUCUUCUACUUCAAGCAAGGCACUCCAUACGUCACUCUGGAUCCUAACGAUGAGAAUUUGCCUAAGGGCUUACAGCUGUUUGUCAAAAUGGUGCCAGCUCAAAGUCUAGAAGACAAACUUGGAGAAAAGAAUUUGCAGAGGAGGGAGGUUAGUCGUGACGGAAACAGCUUCUUCAAUGCCGUCAGUGGAGCACUAACAAACAAGAACACACCCAUCCAGUUGAGAGAGAAGCUUGUCGAACACUUAAUGGGAUUGCAAGGUUUAUACUAUCCAAGAUCAGGAGUGACUACAAUGGAGGAAUAUUAUGAGAUCGUAAGUAAUUAUCUAUUGGAUGGACACUUCUCGUCUGAUAUUGAAAAGAUUCUGCCCGAGGCAAUGGCACGGACACUAAAUAUUCGAAUACAAGUUAUCUCUGCGAAUCCUGAACAAAAGGACAAGUUUUAUGGUGUCGAAUCCACCCAGACUGUUAUUCAGUUAAUACAUGAUGAGACAGGCAAUGGUCACUAUGACUACGCCUUUCCAGCCACAUCCCAAGGGCUUUCCAUGAAUACUUCAGAUUUGCCACCUGUCAAGGCUGAGCAGACUCCUAUCAAGAUCAGAGAAACUCCACCCUCACAAGCCAUGACAAACGGAAGAGCUAGCAGACGUCUCCUCUUCCCAAAUGACAGUGUAAACCAAAACAAGAGCCCACUCAACAAAGUUUGUCACUUCUGCAAGCAACCAGCAAAUCCCACUGACAGAUUAUACAUAUGUAAGAACUCUAAAUGUCCAGUCAAAACACACUUGAAUUGUGAAGAGGAGUCAAGAAAAACACACACUUUUGUGAGAAACUUUAAGAAAUGCGUAUAUUGCCGGACUUGCAAAGAAUGCAACGGAAUAAUGGGAACAGUACAUGCUUCGUGUCAUAUUUGUGGGGGUGCUGGCCACGUCCCUUGUAUUAGAAGAGUGCCCGAACAAACAAGAGAUGGAUACACAUGUAGGAUAUGUAGAGGACAAAACUUGUAGUACAAUAGGUAUAUGGAGUGUAUGUGAACAGUAGCUUGAGCAUUGUUAUCAUUUGAUUGUAGAGUAUAACAUGAGUCUUUGACAUUGAGUGGAACAA